AAAUACCAUUACAAACCAUCAACUGUUAACCAUUAAAAUCAUUACCAAAUGGUUUCCAUUACGUAGUAAGACGUAUUAAGGACGUAGGUCUUAAUGGUCUCCACUAGACAUAACAUGCCACCAAUAGAAGGCAACAAAUUACCAGUAGAGACCCACAGGGACCAUUACAGUUUCUAUUAAAACCAAUAAAGCCAUUACAAAACAUGCCCUAAUAGACUAUGGUACAUCAAAACCUGACGCAAAAUUGUUAUGUUUGAUGCAGCACUCGGUUUUUAAAGUAAAUUUGUUAGUUAAGUGUUCACAUUUUCAGAAAUAAAGGCACCGAAUUGCACUUUUCCUUAUCUCUUGGGUGGUACCAUCGUGGGGACAUCCUUUGUACCUUUAUGUAGCCUUGGCGUGGAGUGGUUGUAUAGGUGGCCUCUGCGCAUGCGUGGUGCAUGCUCGCCUCCGAAUUUACCUGACAAGCACACCUGGAUACAGCAUACGGAAGUCGAGAUUCCUGAGAGAGACGUGCUGUCUUUCGUUACGUGGCUGUUCCCUCAGGGUUUGAGACGGUUGGAAUCCUGUUUGGACUAAAACCUGACCUUUUAAAACUAUUCCGGAUGAAUCUCCGUGAGAACACCGCUGGUCAAACACGAAUAGACAAAUACAAACCAGGCUUUCGCAUGUGGAGUCAUUUUUUUUAUUUAUUUAUUUAUUUUUAAUCUUCGUUAUUUGGUAUUGUGUAACAAACACUGAAGCGAUUUUGGUUGGAUUGUAACUUUAUUAGAAGUUUCCCGUGUUGGAAUUCUGCUUGAAAUAAAACCUCACCUGUCUCGAUGAGACUUGGAUUAUAUGUUUUUACUGGCAUGCCGUAUGUUAUGGCAGUAGUCUGGGUUUAGGAGUUAGUUAUGUUACUCACAUCCUGUGUCAGGUGAAUCAUUGUCUGCAACACUCUAGAAGUACACACACACCACUAUUCAUUCCCACCACAGAAGAAUGACUUUGAUCCGCAGACUGCUACGCAGGCGUUUGCACCCAUGGAAGAUUGCCAUUGUGGCUCUAGUGUUUGUCACAUUUUUGUUCCUGAUGCAAAGAGAGGUGGUCAGUCAGGGCCCACAGGAGGAGCCCUGGCUAAAAGGGAUUGUAGAGAAACGGGACACCAUGCUGGGCAUGGUAAUGGGAGCCAUGAAUAACUUUAGGGACGCCAUGCCAAAGAUGCAGAUCCGAGCCCCAGUGAGACAGCAGGAGAGCAAGGUCAGCCAGCCCUGUCUGUCUGGUUACUACACAGCCACAGAGCUGAGGCCUGUGCUGGAAAGACCCCCACAGAAUCCCAGUGCCCCAGGCGCCUCAGGGAAACCCUUCCAUACAGAGAACCUCGGACCAGCUGAGCAGAAGGAGAAGGAGAAAGGCGAGGAGAAACACUGCUUUAACCUGUACGCUAGUGAUCGUAUCUCACUCAGUCGAGACCUCGGCCCUGAUACAAGGCCGCCAGAAUGCAUAGAGCAGACAUUUAGGCGCUGCCCACCCUUGCCGACCACGAGCGUGAUCAUCGUGUUCCAUAACGAGGGGUGGAGCACAUUGCUGCGGACUGUCUACAGUGUGCUCCACACCUCUCCUGUCCUUCUUCUUAAAGAGAUCAUCCUUGUUGAUGACGCCAGCACAGACGAACGGUUGAAGGAAGAGCUGGAUGAGUAUCUGAAGCAACUGCACAUUGUGCGUGUGGUGCGACAACUGGAAAGGAAAGGCCUCAUCACUGCACGACUGCUAGGUGCCUCGGUAGCCACCGGAGACACCCUCACUUUCCUGGAUGCUCAUUGUGAAUGUUUUCAUGGCUGGCUGGAGCCUUUACUGGCCCGGAUAGCAGAGAACUACACGGCAGUGGUGAGUCCAGACAUCACCACUAUUGACCUAAACACGUUUGAGUUCAUGAAGCCUUCUCCAUAUGGGCAGAACCACAAUCGGGGCAACUUUGACUGGGCCCUGUCCUUUGGCUGGGAGAGUUUGCCUGAUCAUGAAAAAAAGCGACGCAAAGAUGAGACCUACCCCAUCAAAACACCAGCAUUCGCUGGAGGACUGUUCUCUAUCUCUAAAGAUUAUUUCUAUCACAUUGGGAGCUAUGACGAGGAGAUGGAGAUCUGGGGAGGAGAGAAUAUUGAAAUGUCCUUCAGGGUAUGGCAGUGUGGGGGUCAGUUGGAGAUCAUCCCCUGCUCCAUUGUGGGCCAUGUGUUCCGCACCAAAAGCCCUCACACCUUCCCCAAGGGCACUCAAGUGAUUGCCCGUAAUCAGGUGAGGCUGGCUGAGGUCUGGAUGGAUGACUAUAAGGAGAUCUUCUACCGCAGGAACCAGCAGGCGGCGCAGAUGUCUAAAGAGAGAACAUUUGGAGACGUCUCCAAACGCUUGGAACUCCGUGAGAGGCUACAGUGUAAGAGCUUCUACUGGUAUUUAAAAAAUGUGUACCCAGAGGUCUUCAUGCCUGAUCUCAACCCACUGCAGUUUGGCGCAAUAAAGAACACAGGGAAGGACACAUGUCUGGAUGCAGGAGAGAACAACGAGGGAGACAAGGCGCUCAUCAUGUACCCAUGCCAUGGCAUGGGAGGCAACCAGUACUUUGAGUAUUCAACGCAGCAUGAAAUACGACACAACAUUCAGAAGGAGCUUUGCCUGCAUGCAACUGAUGGUCUGGUGAAACUCCAGGAUUGUCAGUAUAAAGGCCACAACUCCUUCACUGGACCUGAACAGAAAUGGGAGCUGCAGGAGAAUCAGCUGUUUUAUAACCACAGGCGGAAGCAGUGCCUGAGCGCUCGCUAUGAAAACCCCUCUAUGGUCCCCUGCAACCCAGCGGACAGAUUCCAGCUUUGGUCUUUCAUCUGAGAGGACAAGCCAGUUAAAAUACACACUAUUGUUACUGAACUUCUGAACAAGAAAAUUUUAAUUUAUUUUUAUAUGUGAAAUUACUGCUGCUGGAAAGAUUUGAAUAUCAUUAAGUGGUAUGCAUGUAUAGAAAGUACUUGCACAAUAAAGUAAAAAAAAAAAAGCAACGAGG